AUGCACCUCCCUCCACCACCGAGUCCGCGCGAUCUGCUUCCACCUCUGUUAGCCUGCCUUCCUACCUCCUUCGUCUCGCCGCGACCACCUCCCGCCCUGCUACCACUUCUAUCACCUCUCCUACGACAACGAGUCAAUUUCUUGACCACAUCUGGCAAUGAUGGCUGGCUUCCACUAUUGUCGUGGGAUCCGCAACGAGCAUCGAGACUACCCGAAGUAAUCCAGAAAAUGGACCUCGAACCACAUCCCGUUUCUGGCGAGCUCGAAUUGGAGGACCCUCGACCCGCGAGAUAUAAACGGUUGGAUGAAGAGACGUUACAAUGUCGGAUCGAGGUGGAGCAGUUUGGACUGCUACCUGUAUAUGUCUACUGUGAGAAAGACGAGCACGGCGGGACGGAACCAGGGUGGAAGUUGGCGGAUUUGCGGACACUGGACGACACUGGCGAUGCGAAUGAGUGGUUCGAAUCUCCCUCCGAGGCCAAUGAUGCAGCACUCUCGCAGCCAGCGGCCGCACCACAAAUCCAAAGCACAUCCGACGGCCACGCGCCGCAUGAAGCGCAACAGGAAGAGGAUGAGGAUGACAAUGACGACUACUGGGCCCAAUACGACCAGACUCCAAGCCGGACACCCGCGCCGAAACGCUCGCCUGCUCCAGUGCCAUCUUCGACAUUAGCGAUGACGUCCGGCAGUCGACCACGCACAGGAACUGAAGCGGACUACUUCGCCCGCUACGGUUCUGAGGUCCAGCCCGCUCUCGACUCCCACGAUCCAGAUGAAGACCACGGCGAGUUGGGCAAUAGCACGCUCAACGGCGACUCCCUACCUCACUCCGCCUGGUCACAAAAUGCGACCACCGACACUGCGCCACCUCAACUUGAAACCACUCGCACCAACGACACGUCCAUCUCUCAGCCCCGCGCCGUCUCCCCAACAGCCUCAAUAGGGAGCGUGGACAGACUUGAACAGCAAGCGGAAGCGAUGAGCUCAUCCGAUGACCGGGCACUGGUGGCGAUCAAACAGCACAUCAGCACGGAUAUAAAGAGUCUGUUUCGUUUGGCGAGGAAUGCCGGGAUGGAGAGGGAGGAGUUUGAGAGAGUCAUCAGAACGGAGUUGGAUGUGUUAGGAUUCAUGGAGGACGGCGAGUGA